AUGGUGGUCCACCAAGGGGUGACUCAUCACUUUUACUCAUUCACUAGGGUUCCCGGCCGUCUUUAUAUACUUUUUUUGUUUUCAUAGAGGUCUUUAUUUUUUAUUUUUUAUUUUUUUAUAUUUAUGUUUCAAAAAUUUUUUUGGUUUUUUCCUUUUUUUUAAGUGUAGAAGGCUUUUUUUGAGCAUUUUACUCCAUUGAGAACGUUAUUUCAACUCUAAUUUUGAAGAUUUCAGGUUGAAAAGUUUUUUUGGGAUAAAGAUGAAAUAAAAAAAGACAGGUAGAUCAAACUUUUUGAUUAAUUUCAAUUAAUUAAAUUUUUUAGUGAGUUUUUGUAACAUGUAUGUCUGGAAAUUUCAAGUUUUUUUAUUCGAAAAAAACUACUCUGAAAAAAACAAUUUUUUUCUACUUCCCGAUUUCUUCUGGUGGUUCCUGGAAACGAGGAAAAAAAUUUCCGCGAAAAACCGGAAAAAGCGCAGAUUUUAUCGUAAUUUUGAACAGUGAAAUGCCCGCGAAAAACUUGAAUUAUUAUAUAUAUAUAUUUAUGAGUUAUCUUUCCUUCAAUCCUCAAAAUGAGAAAUCUGAUUUCUAUUCAAAUUUUAUUUUUUUCAAAAAGCUUUUUCGAAAAAUUUGAACGGAUUUGCUCGUUUUUUUGAUUCUCUAAAUUUUGAAGGAAAGUUUAGCUUCUUAUCAUUUUCCAUGAAAGAUAAACUCAAAGUUCAACAGAGAAACUUCUAAAAUCGAGAAAACAAAACCCAAAAAAGGAAAAUUUUGCAAAUGCGCUCGGUCGGCAAGGUAAAAUUUAAAAUUCCGCAAGUUUCCCCAUUUUCCGUAAGGUUUUCCCACUGUGAAUAUAGAGUUAAUCUUAAUCUAAACUUUAAAAACGAUCAUUUUCUUUUUUUUUUACCAGAAUCAAUACCUUUUUUUUGGUGUGCAACAAGUUGUGUGCCGAAAGUGUUAACGCGACGUCUUUCAAAGGCCUUUUUUCGCCUUGUUUGCCCCGAUAUUCUUCUUUUUUCGUCUUCUUGACGGGGAAUAUAUGGCUCAAAACGUUGCGAAAGAAAAUCGAAGAAGACGAAAAAUUCGGCUUUGAAAUUGUCGUCAUUAAACACUGAUAAAGAGCCGCGAUUUCUUAUCGAAACCCUUAAAUUUUGCCAUUUCCUCCGCUUGACUGUUUUCAGCUCUUUGUUUGUCGUUUGUCACAAACUUUUUCGUGGAAGGUUUAACUUGAGUUUUUUUCCCCUGCAAAAUUUGCUAGUUUUAGGUUUUGUUGUGUGUUUAAGCUGUAGUUUGAAGGUUUUUGGAGUUUUCUAUUUCAGAUUUUUAUACAGAAAAAUUGAAGUUCGAACUUUCCUGUUUGUUUUUUGUGUGUAAAAGAGAUAAUUUUGUCCAUAGGUUCGAGAAAAAUAAAAUAAUAUGAGCGAUUUUCAGUUUGAGACCAAUUAUUGUAUCAGAAAGGAUAAGAUAGUGACCUUGAACUGCUUGAAAAAAAUGUUAUUUUACUGCUCUCCAGUUUCAUUUUUUUCACAAAAAUGUUGAUUUUUUUGUUUUUUUAAAUUUGUUUUGAAGCCCCAAUAAUUAAUUUUCUAACUGAAGAAAGUUAUAGAACACCUUUUUGUUCGAAGAAAAUUUUUACUUACUCACAAAAAUUGAUCUUUUCCGGUCAAAUUCGGGUUGGCUUGACCUCUCUGCAGAUCAUGCAAACAUUAUUUUUCCUUUCCUUUCUUUUCAUACCCCCGAGAAACUCUUGAAAACUUUUUUCUACACUCAAAUCAAAAUUUUACGUCAUUGUUUGUCGUUAUCAGGGCUUUAAAAUUUGAAAAGAGUAUUAUUUUUCGAUUUUUAGGCAGAAUGCCGUCUUCGGAGCUGUCGCGGGAGCAGCUCACUGAACUCAGUGAAAAUUUUAGGACGGUUCGUUUUUUAAUUUUCAGUUUUGGAUUAAAAAUUGAUGUUUCACUGGAAAAAAGCGACUUUUCGAAGCCCAUUUUUAAGAUAUUUUCCGAUAAAUGUCAGUUCAUUUUCGUUUUUUUGAAUAAGAAAAUAGUUUUUUUGAUACUUAAAAAAACUGUUAAUUAAAGUAGUAAAAAAAGAAUAGAAAAAUUUUUUUGCGAAAAACUCAGUUUUCGGCUUUUUUUGUUGAAAAAUCUCGAGAUAAAAAAACUGAAAAGAGGAAAUUUUUCGUUCUUUUUGUCGCAUUUUUUUGUUUAUUUAUCCACUGUGAAGAAAUUUAUCUUUUUCAAAAAAAUAGGUAUUUGAAAAAUUUUAACUCCAUUUCAUGAUAAAAGGUUCGAUUAAAAAACAAAAAAAGCACAUUUUUCAGAUAUCUGAAAAAUGGAUCAGGAUUUUUUUGGCGCGAAGCGACGUACAGCCGGCUUUUGAAAGUAUUAGGAAUCGAUGUUCCUGGUUAUAAGGUCCAUUUUUUUUAUUUUUUUAAUGUGUUGAAAAAUUGAAAAAGUAUAGCUAAAAUAAGUGUAGAAAAAUGAAGGAAAAAUUGAAAAAGCAUAGAAAUUGGAGGAAGAUUUGUGAAUUUCCGAAAGUCUUGCAGUUUUUUAAGGUACAAUCUGAACUGUGCGCGUUCAAAAGUUGAUUUUUCAGAUAUUUUAUCAGAAAUUGGAAAAGUUUGAUAGCUUUUAUGAGAGAUUUUGUCACUUUUUGUGUAGGAAAUGCGAUUUUUAUUGAAAAUUCAGAUUUUUUUUUUCAAAUAAAAUAUUAUUUUCAGAUGAGAGAACUGUUGGACAAGCAUUUCGCUAACGACGGACAAGUGGAUAUUCACAAAUUCAAUCAACUGUUCAAUGAGCUCGACACCCAGAAACACCAGGAAACGAACCGUUGGAAGGAGAGAAUCGGGUUUGUCGAAUUUUUGAAUUUUGAAGUUGAAAAAAUUGAAAAAUUACCGGUUUUUCUGUUGGUUUUAAAACAAGGAAGGUUAUUUCACUUUACGGUUUCUUGAUAAUUGGCCAGAAAAUUCCGAGAAACUGACAGCAGAAGCUUCCCAACUUUUAUUCGAGUAAAAAAAAGGAUGCGUUGAAGUUAAAGAAAAAACCUCAAAAUUUGUAGAAAUAGGCCACUUUGGAGCUUUAAGCCUUUAUUUAUCGGAAAAUAGGUUUUUUUGCAGUCGAAGACUUUCGGAAUAUUUUUUUUUUGGUACAUUAAGGCCGAUUUUUAGGAAAUUCCCAACCCUAAAGUGAACCUCCUUUUAAAGUAGAAAAUUGGUGAUGGAAAUUUUUUCGUCUCUAUAUGUUUCUCAAUUAAAAAAUUGACCCGAAGACAAAUUUUUAACUAGGAAACGGUCUGAAACCUUGCAAUUUGAGGGAACUUUGAGCAUUUUUUGUUAGAAAAAAUGAAAAGAAAGUUUAUUUUUCAAGUUUUACCUGAGGUAUGUGCUCCUCAUUGAUCGGAAAGGUAAGUAAAUCCCCUUUUGAUCAAUUAAAUACGAAUAGUAAAAGCUCAUGUUAAUUAGAAAAGACUACGAAAAAAAAACCGGGAAAUAUACGUUUCUCUGUCGUUUUUUAGGCUAAAUCAUAAAAAUUUGCAUCGUUUGGUUCUUUCUUUACGAAGAAAAAUCUUGCAAAAUCUCAGUUUUUUCAUUUUUCUACUGAAUCCAGGUCUUUAUCGCUUGAUCUCUAAUAACUAAUUUUGAAAAAUUCUUUAUACUUUUUUUGCUUAAACGUUGAAAAGGGAGUUUCAAACACUUUUUUUCAAAAACGUAUUUUUUUAAGUGUUAUCUAUGAAAAAAAUUUUUUUCUUCUUUAAUAUUUUCAAGGUCGAGAUUUUCAGAGAACAAAAAAAUAUUAAUUUUCAGAACGGUCAGCGGCGCUUAUCAAGUUUCCAGCGAGAAGCAGGAUAAUACUGUCCACACGAUCCGAGUAGAGGUUUGCUUCAAAAUUUAAGAAAAAAAUAGUUGAAAAACAGGACAAAAAGUGAUAAUAAUUUGACCAAAAUCUUGCGUUUUCCAUCAAAAAAAUUGAGCUUGAAAUGCGUUGGCGAUUUUUUUAAAAAUCAAUUAUAUCAGAUUUUCUUGGAUUUUUUUCAUUCGUGAUUUUUUUAUAUUGAAGAAAAAUAUUAUAAAAAAAUUACAGCCGUGCGGGAAUGACAGUGAAAAAAACGUUUUAAUGUAAAAAAACGAUGAAAUAAUUUUUUUGCUCGAGGUUCCUGUUUCAAUGAUCACAAAAAUAUCAGCUUCAAGUCAAAAUUUUUCAUUCCUUGCGUGCAAUUUAACGAGUUAACGGAAUAAAUGUAGAAAAAAAAAAUGGAUAUUCGAUUUUGGUAAAAAAUUUUCCCGUCAAACUCGACAAAAAUCAUUGGAAAUGAGGGGAAUAUCAGGAAGAAGUCGCGUUUUCCAACUGGAUCAACAGCAAUUUGUCGGACGACAGCGACUUGAAACGGCUGCUGCCCGUGAACCCACAGGGCGGCGAACUUUACACCAAAAUCCAGGAUGGAUUGAUCAUUUGGUAUGACUUUCCGAACAAUUAUGAUGAAAAUUGAAUUUUUUAAUUAAGGAAAAAAAAACAGAUUAUAGAACUUUUUCCGAAGUCUUUAGAUGUGAAGUUGGAGAAAAUGUGUAUUUUUGAUAAAUCUACAGCUUUUUUUUUGAAAUGAUCAGUUUUUUUUUAAUGUUUCGCUCCAUAGUUCUGGAGUAGAAUGUUGAUUUCAAGAAAGGCGCGUUUUAAAGUAGUUAUGUGGCUUUUUUCGAGGUAUUUUGUUGAAAAUUUGAAGAAAAAGGGUGUUUUUGGGUAAUUUUUAUGGCUUUUUUCGAAUAAACUUGGGGAAAUGAUGAAUAAAAUGCGUUUUUUAAAAGUUUAGACCUUUUUUUCAAAGCAUUUAGUUGACAAGAUGUAUUUUUACGUUAGAAAAAUAGUUUUCCUUCAAAAAUUUUUACUAGGAUUCAGAAUAGUUUCAUUCAGUUUCUGGAAAUUUCAAGAGAGGCUUAGAGAAAACUCUUCUUUAGAAAUUUUGCACAAAAAGUUGACCUUGGAAAAAAACUCCUUUUCUGAGGCUUUUUUAUCAUUUUCAAAUGAAAAAGUAGGAAAAAGUAUGAUAAUGACGGGAAUCCUGAAGUUAGGUAACUUUUUAAGAACUAAUUUUGACGAUUUCUUCGUUUUUUCGAUUUGAUUUCAAACAGAGAUCUUGAAAAUAGUCUAAUUUGUGAUCUGAUCUUUUUAAAAAGCAAAAUUUGAGUUCAUGAUCUCAUUUUUUUAAUGUGAAACCGUAAUUUCCUUCAUUUUCCGCUUUUCCGAACAAUUAUAGGUAAUUAUCAAGUAUUUUCGGCUUUUUCUCCACUUCCUGGUCACUUACCACGCUGUAGUUUUAAUUAUCUUGCCAUUUGUUAAGAAAAAAAAAGUUCAUAGCAUGAUUUUGGUGUGUUUCAAAAUGCUUAUCAACGUAUUUUUGAUGUUGUUCGCAUUUCCCUUAUCAAUAAUUCGACGGAUUUUUGAUGAUGUUUCUGGAAUGUUUGCCAAUUUCCAGCAAACUGAUCAAUUUGGCCGUGCCGGGGACGAUCGACGAACGGGCGAUCAACAAGAAAAACCUCAACACUUACACGAAAUUGGAGAACUUGACCUUGGCGCUUUGCUCGGCUCAGGUGCGGAUCAGGGGGGCGAAUCGAUCGGGAAUGAUAUUUUUGAUUUUAAGGGAAAUUUGACUUCAAAAGCUUGAAUGUAUUAAAAUAGUGUUAAGAUCUGUUGAAAGCUGGGGAAUUCAAUAAGAAAAGUAGCUUUUUUGAAAAUCGUUCAAAGAAAGCUUUUUUUUCCCAUGAAGCUGCUCUCGGCUCGGGAAGGAUAUUUUUGAUUUAGGGGUGUAAAAAAUGAAAGGAAAUGAUUUUUGAGGAAAAUAAAAGACAAAUAACGAAAUAGUCUGAAGAUAUUUCUAUACCUACAUCGAAGUUUUUUCUUCUUCUCUAAAACUCUUUGAAAAAGCGCUUUUCCAAUAUUUUUUCAUACUCUGAAAUUCAAUAUUUCGAAAAAUACUUUAGUUCUGGAACAAAAGGGAAGAUGUUAUACCUGGAGAAAGACUUCCGACGUAUAUGAAAAAAAUUUUUUCCGUUCUAAAAAUUUCCCGAAUUUUUACCUUUUUUCUAUUUCACAACUUUUCGGGCUUAUUUGCGACCUCUAUCGGCUUUAAAGACCUAUCAGAACAAUCUGAAAAAAAAAACUAGAAAAAUAGAGAGAUCUUCUUUAGUUGCACUUUGGGGAUCGUUUUAAUUUCAUUUAUCAAAUUUUUUUUGAAGAAAUUUUCACUUACCGACCGAUUAAUAAAAGAGGGAAAAUCCGGGAAAAAAACAUGGAAACGGAAAUUUUCAGGCGAUCGGUUGCAAUAUCAUCAACAUUGACAAUGUGGAUUUGAGCAAGGGAACGUCGCACUUGGUCCUCGGCCUCCUGUGGCAAAUCAUCAGGGUUUUUGACCUUUUGAAGAAGUCAAGACUGAAAAUUGGACUUUUCAGAUUGGACUAUUCAACCAGAUCGACUUGCAACACUGCCCGGGACUCUUCCGACUACUUCGCGAAGGGGAAACUUUGGAAGAUUUGCGACGACUUUCCCCGGAAGAGAUCCUCGUCCGCUGGGUCAACUACCAUCUCGAAAAGGUCCGAGGAUUUUUUGGAAUUGGAAAAAGUUUCUGGAAUGAUCCACGUUUGCGCUGCGGUUAUGGUCAGAGGAAAAAAUUUUUUAGUAGGGCCGCGCGAAAGUCGUUUUUGGUCGGGUGCAUAUUUUUUUUAGCCUUAUCCGAGAAAGAUGAUCGUCGAGGUGAAAAAAAAUCAAUGACAGAAACCACCAUAAAGUUAAACUCCAAAAAGUUCUGGCCGCAUUUGGAAUGGCUCAACGCGUUGCGGUUGCGCUGCGACUAGAAUAAGAAAUCUCGCAUUUUAGCCAAGCGAAAGUCGUUUUUGGUCGGCUGUAUACCUCUAUCUAACUUGGGGAAGGCAAUUUUUGAAGUGAAACAAAAAUCUAUCAGGUCAUUAUAGUUCAAUUUUCAGAAAAUAAACAAAAAUUGAAAAUUCAUAAAGCCCUGGUCGCAUUUGGAAUGGCUCAACGCGUUGCGGUUGCGUCGCGUCUCGAGAGAAGCCAAGCAAAAGUUGUUUCUCGUCGGCUGCACCUUUUUUUGUUGGCGACGUUCGACCGCCUCGCGUUGAGCCAUUCUCAGUGCGACCAAAUUUGGAGCGAACAGCUUCUAUCAGUCUUUUUUUGUAAUUGAAAGUAACAAAAAUCAGAACUUUUUUCCGUCCUUAAGGCUUUUACAAGUGAAUGAUGCUCUAAAAGUCCAAUAAUCCUUCAAUUCCUGACUUUGAGAAUCUAUUUGCAACGUUUGCGGACGUAUUAGGGUGGCCAUAUAAUCACCUCUCCGAAUUCUUUUCUGAUGGAAAAAUCGGAGAUCGCGCGCAUUAUUCCUUCCACACAGAUUAGUGAGUGAGCGUGUGUGUGUGGCGAUCGGCCGAUACAAAUUGCUCACCGAUUUCUUCUCCCUUUUUUGAUGGGUUCCCCUUUUAGAUCGUAAGGUUCAGAGGGACCUUCUUUCUUGAAAUGGAAAAGUCUCAAAAAAUUGGCUGAUACGGCUGAAAAUUGUUGGUGAUUUUUCGUCCCCUUUUUGAUGAAGGAUUGAAGAAAGGACUUAUUUUGAGAAGAAAAUGAAAAGCUAUUGAAGUAAAAAAAAGUAUUGAUGAUUUUUUUGCUUUUUCUGUUGGUUUGAUUGAAGGUAGGGAUUAUUAUAGAAUAGCAUUUAUGGGUAAUUUUUAAUUACUAGAAGUUAUUUGAGAUUUUUACUCGUUUUUAGAUAGGAUCCUUUUUGAUCGCAAAAUUCAGAGGGACCAGGUGAGAAGACUAUGAAUUUCUAUACAUUAAAAAAAUCGGAGUAGCCCUAUAAUGGCCCUUUUUGCUGGUUCUUGGUUUUUUUGAGUUGAAAUUUAUAUUUUGUAACUUUUCGGUUCCAUUUUUUUGUAAAAAUUCAGGUAGUCUGUUCCAAAAAUUUAAGGGAAAAAGUUUUAUUUGGAAAAAAAUUUACUCAAUAUUUCUUUAUAGUGAUAGUUCAGAAAAAAAUAUUAUUAUUGUUUUAGUUUUUUUGGAACUUUCAAAUCAGACGCAUUCAUCAAGUAACGUUUUUUUCUGAAAACUCCAGCAAAAUCUGAAAAAAAGAAAAAGAAAUUAUAUCUACAGAUCCAAAGGGAGAAACAAAUCCGAGUGGUAAGUUUGGAAAUUAUUGAUAUUAUCUGAUUUUCGAUUUCUUUUUUUUAAACCCGCAUUUUUAUCACAUCAGUGUUGUGGGGUGAUUUAUUAUCUUUCAAGUGUUGUCGGCUAUUUUUCUUCUUCAUUCUGCAUUUUCGAUUUUGCAUUUUUUAUUUCAAUUUGAAAAAAGAAAAAUUUCCAAAAGUUGUUUCAGGCUGGCAUCCAAAGAAGGCUCAACAACUUCACGACGGACAUUGUCGAUUCAGAAAUUUACACGCAUUUAUUGCACCAAAUCGCUCCGAAUGGAAGUGGGGUCACUCUGUCGCCACUUGGUGUUCAGGUGAGACCAAAAAAAGAGAAAAAAAUGAAAAAAAUUUUUUUUGGAUCUGUGUUAUUCUGAAAGAUUGACCAACAGUAAGGCUAGAGAGAAAUAAUUUGAAACUCUUUGAAAAAAAAAUUAAAAAAAACAACCAUUAGAAGGAAAUUCUCGGACUUACGAAGUGGAUGAUUUUAUUAGCGGUUUUCUAGGAUUCAAACGCGCCCUGUUGAGAAAGUUUUUGAUUUUCAGAUGUAAAUCAACUUUUUCAUAAUAGGGUUAACAAGGAAUUAAUCUUACGCAGUUAAUUGCAAAAAUUAUGAGGAUUUUCGAGAAAAAAGCUCGAUUUUUUUCAGUUUUUACUUGUUGUAGGCUAUGAUAGGCUUAGGCUUCCAAAAUUGACGUUUUCAAACUUUUUCAAUCGGUUUUUAGAAUUCAAUUUUCGACCAAAAAUCAAAAAAAAAAGGUCCGUAUAAUAGAAAAGAAGUGCAAAAAGAGGUAUUUAUGAAUCUUCGAAAAAAAAAAGUUCUGAAUUUUUGUUGAUUUUUGAGAGGUUUUUUUUCGGAAUGUCUAUUGGACCUGCUAGAAAUUUUCAACGAAAAUUCGAUUUCGAUCGAUUUUUAGGGAAAUGUCCACCGUGCCGGAGCCAUGCUUGAUGAGGCCGAUAAACUCGAUUGCCGUGAAUUUGUGACCCCAACUGACGUCGCUGCCGGAAACUACAAAUUGAACUUGGCCUUCGUCGCCAAUUUGUUCAACAAACACCCGAAUUUGCCGGAUCCUGGAGCCGACGAGAUCGGUUCGGCAUUCUGGAACUUCUGAAUUGAUUUUCGAAAUGGUUUCAGUCGAAGACGUGAUCCAGGAGACUCGCGAGGAAAAGACCUACAGAAAUUGGAUGAAUUCACUGGGCGUCGACCCUUAUGUCAAUUGGCUGUACAGCGAUCUGCAGAAUGGCGUCGUCAUCUUCCAGGUAGGAGGAAGAUGAAAAAUAGGGGCUGAAAUUUAGCCCAAAAAGAGCUGGAUUUUUCUAGUAAAAGAAAAACUCAUUUUAGUGAGUAGUUUACCCAAAAUUUUGCAAUUGAGCGGGAAAUUGGUGAGAGAAUUAUUAAGCGUGGCUGAAAUUUAGCCUCCAGAAGCAACGAUUUCCAAGAAAAAAAACGCAGAAAUUCAGAUUUUAGUGAACAAAUGACCCGAAAUAUUGCAAAUAAGAAGAAAAAUGGUUAGAAAAAUAUUAACCGCGGCUAAAGUUUAGAAGAUCAAGGAAUAAAUAAUGAAAAAAUUUUAGGGGUGGCUGGAAUUUAGCCUCCAGUAGCGACAAUUUUCUAUAAGAAAUGCAGAAAAUCACGUUUUGGUGAACAAAUUACUCAAAAUGUUGUAAAGGAGAGGAUAAAUGGUCAAAGAAAUCUCAAGUUCGGUUGAAGUUGAGCCUGAAAAAAACGGAAAUUUUUAGCUAUAAAAUUAGAAAAAAACAUAGAUUUUCAUGAAGAAAAAGUAUCUAAAUUUCAAAAAAGAGGGGAAAAAAAUAGGUGAUAGGAAAAUCUAGGGAUAAUUUGCUCCAAUGAUGACAAAGCACAAGUUUCCUACUUACUGUUUCAAUCAUUUACCUCAUCCUUAUUUGAAUACUCGGUAAAAAAAAUUCUGUUUGGCUUGUUUUGUUUAAAAAGCGGAAAAAAGGCGUGGCCAGUGACUUUUUUUUGUUGGAUCAAAUUUUUAGAGCUUGAGAAAUAGAAAUAUCGGCGCUUCACUUGGAAAUGGAAAAAAAAAACGCUAUUCUUCAAGAAAAAAAGAGUCCACUCUUUCAUAUGAAAAAAAAACCAUCGAUUGACUCAAUUUUUCCCGGAAUUCAGAGAAAAAAAAUCGUGGCGAACCAAUAAAAAUCAGCGUUCGGUAGAGCAAAUUUUCCCAAUGUUGAAAAGCUGAAAAGUCAUUUUUUUUAGCUCUACGACAUCAUCCGCAAUGGUAUGGUGAACUGGAAACGCGUCGUCCGACAAUUCCACAAACUCCGCGGGAUGAUGGACCAGAUCCAGAACUGCAACUACGCCGUCGAGCUCGGCAAGCAGUUGCGCUUCUCCUUGGUUGGCAUCCAGGGCAAGGACAUCUACGACGGCAAUCAGACCCUUACUUUGGGUCCGUUAUUGAAAAUAGAAUUCAUAUAUUCCACUGAAAAACGAGAAAGUAUCAAAAAACAGAAAAUUUUUUAUCGCAGCCCCAAAUUUGCUCCCAAAUAUCUUGAAAAAAGUAAUAAUAAUUAUUGGUAAAAUUUCUCAGAAGUAGACAUUUCGUGCAAAAAAAUAGACCUGUUUAUUUGGUUUUUUAUGACUUUUUUGGUUUCAAUGUACUUCUGAUGUGUAACAAUAUCCGAAAAAGCCAACAAAACCUUCCUGGGUUUUCAGCUCUGGUCUGGCAACUAAUGCGCGCCUACACACUGUCCAUCUUGGCCCAGUGCACGGAAGCCGGCGAUUCGCUACCCGCCGAUAAGGACAUCGUCGCCUGGGUCAACCAGAAGGUGAAUAGAUUUGAAGUUUGAGAGUCCAAAAGAUGAAACAUAGUGUCUCAAAACUAGUCUUUCGAAAUGAAACUUCGAAAACUUUCCUUCCAUCACUUGAUAUUCCAGCUCAAUUCUAACGGGAAAUCUUCCUCGAUCCGAUCCUUCCAAGACCCUUCAAUUUCUGACGGCCGAGUGGUCCUGGACCUCAUUGACGCCAUCAAGCCUAAAGUCAUUGACCACUCCUUGGUGAGUUUCUUUUUUUUUGACUCGUAACAUGCUUUUGAACAGUUCUCAUGCACUUGAUGGAAUUCAGACGUUUUUUUUAAACUUAAAACUUUUUUAAUAUACUAAGGAUUUUUACAGAUCAAGAGCGGCGGAUCAGUUGAGGACAAGAUGUCCAACGCCAAGUACGCCAUCACUUGCGGCCGAAAAAUCGGAGCCAAGAUCUACGCCCUGCCUGAAGAUAUCGUUGAGGUAAAACAAAAAUGAAUAACUUCAGAAGGAAUUAAGAACAGGAAAAUUUAAAAAAAGAACCGCCGAUAACUGUAGCUGUCCUUGAUAUUAUGGUAAAUGCGCGCCGUGGAUAAACCAUAUUUCAGAAAUUUUGAGUUUUCUCUCAAUUUUGAAGUUUAAAAAAAGGAUGUGAGCAAAUUAUUUAGGAGUAAAAUGGCCUGUAAAAGAUUCUGAAUGGAGCUUUUGCAAUCUGCGGAAAACAAGAGAUCAAUGCAGUUUUUCCUUGUCGUUGAGAUGUAGUUGCAGAAAAAUAACUCCUCGAAUAAUAUAGGAAAAAAGAGCCGCGUUCAUGACUUGUGCGCUCUAUGGAUAAUCAAAUCUAUCAAUGGGGAGCAAAAAUAUUUUUUUGUCUACACAUUCUUUCGAGUUUUUGGCUUUUUCCCAGCUAUUUUCUGAAAAUUAGCCACAGAGCGCACUAGUUACAGAUUUUUGCGGCUUUUUUUUCCUCGCCUAUUUUUAGAACUGAUUUUCGGUAUAUGCAUUCGUUUCGUUUUAUUUUAGCGGUUUUCCGUAGAUUUUAUAGCGUAUUCUAUGAAAUCCAAAGAAAAAAGUUUUUCCACUACCGAUCAAAAUUUAUAAAUAAGGUUUGAGAAGAGAAUCUCAUGAUAUUAUUGAAAUCAAGAGAGUUUUACUUUCUAUUCGAAUUCUUCGAUUUCAGGUCAAACCGAAAAUGGUAAUGACGGUAUUCGCUUGUCUAAUGGCGCGCGACUACAUGCCCGACAUGAAGGAGGCUUCUGCCCCAGUUCAACCUCUCAUCCAACAUUGA